CAAAGUACCCAGGAAUUUAUUUACCCGGAGCUUGCCGAGGUUCCCUGGAUUGGGGCUCCUGCGAGCCUCAUCCCUUCCUGAAGAGGGGAUGCUCUUAAUGUACCAGACCUAUUCUUCCAGAUUACUUGCAAUAUCCUCCCCACGAAGGUGUCGUCAGCUCCAGGAGACACGAGAGUCGUCCAUGUUCGUCUAGUGCCCUCCAAGAUGGAUAUAUAAGAGGAUGGUUGCCCAUGCACCGGGAAUCAUGUUCUUGGUUCUACACCUCGAGCUUGGCCUUCACAACGGCAACCCCUAACUCGAAGCCACCUGUCCCUCUUCCGACAAGCCGCUCAACAUGGUGCCCAAGCUUUUUUGGGCCGCCCUUUUCUUCACGCCCGCCGUCCUCGGCGCGGCCCUCCCAGAGGUCCAGGAGAACGCCUUGGACCUUGGCCGUCGCGAUGAGGUUGAGAUCGCGUCCCUGCCCCUGGUGGCCCGUGCCGAGGCCAAUGUCGUGGUAGCUGGCGAGGCCGCCGCGCCCGAGGAGGUCGACGACGAGGCCGACGUGGCCGACGCCGACAAGAAGAAGAAAAAGAAGAAGCACGGCCACAAGAAGGGAAAGAAGAAGCACGGCCAUAAGAAGGGCAAGAAGCACGGCCACAAGAAGCCCCCCCACGACCUCGAGGCUCGCGACGAGGCCGAGGUCCAGGCGCCGGGCGCUGAGGUGGUUGCCGACGACGUCGACAGCGACGCCGACGUGGCCGACGCGGACAAGAAGAAGAAGAAGAAGCACGGGCACAAGAAGGGAAAGAAGAAGCACGGGCACAAGAAGGGCAAGAAGCACGGGCACAAGAAGCACCCCCACGAUCUCGAGGCGCGCGAGGAGGCCGCUCUGGCUGAGAGUGUCGUGGCCGACCAGCCUGACAAUGAGGCCGAUGUUGCCGAUGCCGACAAGAAGAAGAAGAAGAAGCACGGGCACAAGAAGGGCAAGAAGAAGCAUGGCCACAAGAAGGGCAAGGGCAAGAAGCACGGCCACAAGAAGGGUCCCCCUCACGAGUAAGCCAACUCCGAGCGACUCGCCGAGCGCCUCAACAGCAACCUACCGUCGAUUAGGUUGGGUGAUGAGAGGGGUGAGCUCCAGGCGUGGUUGGUAUGCGUCCUAUGGCGUCUGGGCCAUGGCCAAAUGCCAGCCUGGUUCGCUAGCCGGGGACUAUUGGGGAUUCUUGCAAAGUUUGGCGUGUACUCCUUGACGCACAAACCGAUGGGAGAAGGGUUUUACUUCAAGACAUUCAUUAUCUACAUAUGGACCGUGUAAAAUAAAAGCAUAUGAUGCUCUGACGCGUUGCGCCGCGCCUUGCGCCGAGGUUCUUCUGUGGCUUUCGCAGCAAUUUUCAUAUCGCGAGCAGGCAUCUGGUACCACGCUU